CCGCCUUGGCUUCCGUAAGUUACAGGCGCAUGCAAAGCGAUGCGGUGGCCGGAAAGGGACAUUUUAACAGCUUCGAGAAUUCGCAUGACAUGGCUUCGCGUGCUGUGAAACGCGGUACUGGGGGAGAUGAAGAGCAGCUUCCUCUGCAGGCAGUGUUGGUUGCGGACAGUUUCAAUAGGAGGUUUUAUCCAAUCACAAAGGACCGGCCACGGGUGAGGGGUGCUAAUUUGGUUUGGUUUUAAGAGAGAACUAGAGCUCUUAUCCCACUGGCUAAUGUGGCUCUGAUAGAUUAUACGCUGGAGUUUCUUACAGCCACUGGAGUCAAAGAAACUUUUGUGUUUUGCUGCUGGAUGGCAAAUGAUAUUAAGGAGCAUCUGAGAAAUUCAAAGUGGUGCAGACCUACCAGCCCCAAUGUGGUACGGUUUGUGACCUCUGAGCUUUACAGAUCACUUGGUGAUGUUCUGAGAGAUGUAGAUGCCAAAUCUUUAGUAAGAUCUGACUUCAUUCUUGUCACUGGUGAUGUGGUGUCCAACAUCAACAUUGAAGCAGCUUUGGAGCAACAUAGGACACGGCGGAAGUUAGAAAAAAAUGUGUCUGUGAUGACAAUGAUCCUUAAGGAGUCCUCUCCAGGUCACCGCACAAGAUGUCAAGAGGAUGAUGUUAUAAUUGCUAUGGACAGUAAGACCAAACGAGUGCUGCUAUACCAGAAAAGUCAGGGCCUGACACGCUUUCACUUUCCAGUGAGCAUUUUCCAGAGUAACACUGAUGAAAUUGAGCUGCGCCACGAUUUAUUGGAUUGUCACAUCAGCAUUUGCUCUCCACAAGUUGCAGAACUGUUUACAGAUAACUUUGAUUACCAGACUAGGGAUGAUUUUGUCCGUGGUAUUUUGGUUAAUGAAGAGAUUCUGGGCAAUCAGAUACACCUUCAUGUGACCCAGGAGGAGUAUGGUGCCAGAAUUUCCAACCUGCUGAUGUAUGAUGCUGUGACUUCUGACAUCCUGCGCCGCUGGUUAUAUCCCCUUACACCUGAGACUAAUUUCACUGACCAGGAUGCACAUACUUACACUCACUGUCGUCACAACAUCUAUCGAGGAUCAGAUGUCAGCCGAGGCCAUGGAAGCAUACUGAGGGAGAAUGUGCUGAUUGGGACUAAUACAACUAUUGGAUCUAAAUGCAGCGUCAGCAACAGUACCAUUGGGAGGAACUGCAGCAUCGGAGACAGAGUAGUUCUAGAGAAUGUACAUGUCUGGGAUAGAGUUCACAUUGAAGAUGAUGUUACUAUCAAAAAUUCCAUAAUUUGUAAUGAUGUUGUUGUGAAGAAAAGGGUGCAGAUAAAUCCUUACUGCGUGUUGACGUCAAAGGUAGUGAUUGGUCCUGAUAUACAACUGCCUGAAAGUACAGUUAUUUCUCUUCAUCAUCCUGAAGAGGAUGAAAAUGAUGAUGAUGAGUUUAGUGAUGAUGCAGGAGCUGGAAAACAGGCAGAAAGAAUGAAGGUCAAAGUAUACAAUAAAAAGGAGGUUGGUUCAGAAGGUCAGGGUUAUCUGUGGAAAUUUUCAAAUCUUGCAGAAGAGGAGGAAGAUGAUGAACUCCAGAGGAGUUUGUGGGGACUUACUCUGAACACUGAGGAGGUCAGUGACAGCGAGAGUGAGACUGGCAGUAUGCAGCAGUCAGAAAGCCACCCAGCUUCACCUGUCCUUGAUGAUAUUAAAGUUUUUCAGAUGGAAGUUUUGGGCACACUGCAGAGGGGUGUGGAAGAAAAUAUAUCUUGUGAUAAUUUGGUGCUUGAAAUUAAUUCUCUCAAAUAUGCCUAUAACAUAUCUCUCACGGAGGUGAUGCAGGUAUUGAGUAAGGUUGUCUUGGAGUUUCCACUCCAUCAGCUUGAUGGAACUUUGGAUGUGAACCGCUACUGCAGUACUCUAAUUCCUCUUCUGAAAAUAUGGACCCCCCUUUUUAAAAACUACAUAAAACGGGCUUCAGAUCAUUUGUGUUGCUUGGGAGCCAUAGAAGAAUUUUUUUUGGACAAUGAAACACUAUGGGCUGCCAUUGCAAAGGUACUCAUGGCCUUCUACCAGCAAGAUGUAUUAGCAGAAGAGAUGAUUCUACGAUGGUUUUCACAGACUGAUGUUACAGAGAAGGGUCGGCAAUUUAGGAAAAAGCAGGUGCUCCAGAAGUUCAUACAGUGGUUAGAAGAAGCCGAAGAAGAAUCUUCAGAAGAUGAAUAAAUAUGGAAGAGAGAAAAUAGAAGCAUGCACAAUUAACAAAUGUACUAUUUCUACUGCUGCCUGGAACAUAUUGAGCUGCAUUUUCAGCUCUUUACCCAUUGACAUACAGAGGGAAGAACACUUGGUUUUUAAUAUAUAAGGUCCCUGCUUUUCCUGCUGCUUUUUCUUACUUUAAUCUUUAUUCCAGCCCAAGGAGAAAAAGGGACCGGACUUAAGUAGUGAACAAGAUAAAUGAUUAUAUUCCCCUGCUACAACAAGCAGGGGAAUAUAAAUAUACUAAAUAUAUUUAGUAUAUAUUAGUAUUACUGAUAUAUACCUCAUUUGAAUUGCAAUAUAACCAGAUUUGUGCUGAAAUUCCCCACUCUCAAUAAAAUAUAUGCUGCUAAUUCCAAUGUUUCUUCCACUGGGGGACUGAAACGGAAUUUGCAGUGUGUGUGGGCAAUAUGGGUGAGACAGGAAAUUCUGUAGUACUUAAAGUGCAGUAAACACAAAUUGCUGAUCUACUUUAAAUGCCCAAUUAAAUGUACCCACCGUCAAAUAAAAGUUCACAUUUAAAAGCAAAAGUAUAAUAAGUGAGAUCAGUGGUCCUUCAGUCAUGGAGUCUACAUUUCAAUGUGCGAAUGGCAAUUAGUCCAAGAAGAAUCCUUUGUGUAGACCAAAACACAUCAGGUAGAGCCCCUAUCAGGCCAAACACAUUAUUGGCAGUGGACACACCCAUGCCCCAAUAUAAGCAGCUAUUCCUAUACUCCUGAAACAGCAGACACCUUGGCUUAUUCCCUGCACUCAACUGAUUAGGACAGGCCCAACUUCCCAUCCCUAAUUAGAAGUGUAUAUAAGAACUCUCCUCCCAAGUAGAUCCUGUCUUAUUGUUUUGUUUUUUUCCUUCCCAUUAGCUUUGGUAUACCCAAGGUGUAUGCUGUUUCAGUACAGGAGUGCGAGAAUUCUAUCAUCUCAUUCCUGGAAUCCAGAGAAACAGCAGACCCCUUUACUUCCAGUCCUUUUGUUUUAAAAACAGUAAGCUUGGAAACUAGACACGUUUUGCUAGGGGGACAGUCGAUAUAUUCACUUCUAAUUUGGGAUGACUGGGGAUGGGAAGGGAAGAUAAUAACCCAAGGUGUCCGUUGUGUCUCCAGAGUGUAGGUAUAAGAAAUUAUGGUAAGUAUCAAUUUCUCGCAUUCUUCUUGCUUCCCAAUGUGCCCAUGCAUUUUGUGGGAAGACCCAAUAUAUGUAAUUGCCUACAAGAAUAUAGUUUAGAAAUUCUGCAAUAAAUAAAGGUAUUUUUUGAGUAUAGUCUGUGUGAGUACCCACAUCUCAAGUUAACUCUACGUUUUUAAUUGUGAAUUUUUGUUUAGUUUAAAGAGCAUAGGAAAUUUGUAUGCACUGCACUUGUAGUUUUUACAUAAAAACUAUAUAUACAUUUGGCACAAAUGUUGUGGUCUGUCCUGGGAUUGGUUAUUACCAAACCCAAUAUCUAGAAAGCUUCAAAAUGAGAGAGGAGAACAGUUGUAAUAAUAAACGGUACCUUUUACUUUAUGAUAAGUAAGGUAGCAUGAAUCCAUGUUAGUAUUAUUACUUGAAUGGUUUUUUUGGUAGCCUAAUAAAUUAUGCUCCAAAAUACGACGGUGGGAUGGCAUAUGCGGCGGCGCGCUUUGCCAAAUAAAUGCAGAUUUGUUGCGGCUCAGCUAAUCUCCCUGUGUGUCACAGCCCUUAAGGAUUCGGUUCGGCUGAAUCUGAAUCCUUCUGAAAAAGGCUGAAUUACUCAAUGCACACCUAUUAAAAAAAAUCAGAGAGUCAAGGAAGCAAAUGUUAAGUUAACAUAUAAUGCUCUUUAUAUAAGUAGUAAAUAUUAACAGACUUGACAAAGGAUUUAGCUUCCUUGACUCUUUGAUUUUUGAAUAGGUGUGCAUUGAAUUUAAAAAAAUAUGUAAGGCAGCCAAAGAUUGUGGACUACAGACCACAUGCACAGCUCUGCAUUUUGAUUGAGGUAUGGACAAAUGUGGCAAUAUUGGAGGUCCUGUGUGUGCCUCCAAUACAGUUCAGGGGGGCAGCCUUUUCAUGUAGCCUGAGUUAUUUAAAUGGCUUUUGUUCUCACACAAUUCUGAGGCUAAAUAUGUUAUGUUUUUCAGUGAAACAUGUCACCGAUAGUACAAGUUUACAUGGCUGAAUGCAUUUAUUUAUUUAGGAAAAAAAAGGAGAUGUAUAUAUUAUCAUAAUGCAGACUUAGAAGUCACAAAAGAAAAUCAUAUUGUAGCCUAAAACAGUUCAUUGUAGUUUUUGUUUUACACAGUAAAUAAAGAUAUGCAAGUAUUACGUGUGC